AUGUCCGCCCUCGCCCCCCCGCCCCCCGGCGAGGCGGCGGCCCACCUGCAGUGCCCCCUGUGCGGCUACUUCUCCAAGAGCCACGCCCACCAGCUGACCCACGUGGCGGCGGCCCACCCCGCCCGCCUGGACGGCGUGGCGGUCGGUCGCCUCGGCAACCUGCUGAUGUACCAGAGCACCGCCCGCCUCUUCCACUGCAGGGACUGCUUCUUCACCAGCAGGGACUUCAGCAAGGUCCUCAAACACAUCAUCUCCAGGGAGGGGGAGGAGCCGGCUGCCGCGAGGAGGCGUGGCCAGGCGGCCGUGGAGGCGGUGCUCCUGCUGGACGCCGCGGGGUACCGCUGCCUGCUGUGCGGCUGGAGGAGCCGGCUGAAGGCGGCGGGCGUGGCCCACGCCGUGAGGAAGCACGACAUCCCCAAAGCCUACGCCGCCAUGGCGGUCCGCGGGGACGCCGCCCCCCCGCCGGAGGACGAGGAGGCGGGGGGGGCGGGGCUUAGCGCCGAGCAGCUGAAGGAGGAGAUGGAGGCCACGGCCCGCGUGGUGCGCCUCGCCGCCGGCCGCUUCGUGUGCCUCCUCUGCGGCUGGAAGACCAAACUCAAAGGCUUCGCCAUCAGCCACGUGGUGCGGCGCCACGACGUGCCGCGGCCGUACGGCUGCCGCCGCUGCGCCCGCCGCUUCUUCCUGCCGAGCCGGCUGCAGCAGCACGUCACGGCGGCGCACCGACCCGGCCGCUACGCCUGCCCCUUCUGCCGCUUCCGCUCGCACGCCAUGGGCGGCUUCCGGAGGCACUGCAGCCGCUGCAACGCCUGGGGCUGGGCUUUUAUUGUGAAGGGAAACACUUCCUCAGAGGCAUGA